AUGGCAUUCUGUAUCACGUUUGGAACUCACGAGUUCACGGGCAUGCUCGAAGGCUAUGAGCAGGUGCGAGCUUACUGCUAUAACUGCCAACACUGGAACGGCCAUUGUGUGACUAGAUGGCCAUUCUUCACCAUUUGCUUCAUUCCUCUGAUUCCGCUCGCAACCCACAAGUACAAGGAGGUUCUAUGCUACACCUGUCGCGUGAGCCAAGAUCUUCGGUAUGUCACAUCAUCUUCUCUAGCAAGGCAAUGCGGAUCUAAACCAGUAUUAUUCAGGGAUCGGCCUGAUAUUACUCCUGAAACACGGCCACCACCUCACAUGGCAUGGGGUCCUCAGCCACCCCCUCAGGCUUAUGGCGGGUACCAACAACAACCGCCACCGCAACAGCAACAGCAACAGCAACAGGGCUACAAAUGA